UCUGAGUCCAACAACCCAGAAAAGGUAUAUAAACUGUGGGUGUCCCUCUCAAAGACAUCCUGCUACCUGCUACUCCUGCAAGAGCAACCUCACCUGAUCAUCACAAGAUGGCAUCAAGUCUUUUUUUAAUUGCGGUCUUCUGUUUGGCCAGUGGACUGUGGAUCGGAGCCAAUGCGCAGUCUGAUGACUUUUGCUGUGACGAUUGCAAGCAGUGCCCCGAUGGCUGGACUGGGUUUAGGGAUAACUGUUACAAGUACAACCAUGCCAAAAAAGACUGGGCUGAUGCAGAGCGUUUCUGCAUUGGUCAAGGUGGAAACCUGGCAUCCAUUCACAACAAAGAGGAAUUGCACUUUGUCGAAAACCUGAUCUUCACAGCGACCAACAGAAAUGACCAAACUUUCGUUGGAGGCCAUGACACUGUAAAGGAGGGCGUUUGGUUGUGGAGUAAUGGAUCCCCAUUUGACUACAAGGGUAUUUGGGGUAAAGGGCAGCCAAGCAACGGUGGCAGCAGCAAAAGCGAGCACUGCCUGGAGUUGAACUGGAAUGGUGCUCCCAAUGACGUCAACUGUCAUGUAGCGAAGCCCUUCGUUUGUGGCAUAAAGCUGUAAAGUCUCCAACAUGUGCUGACACAUUUGCCAUGGUGAUGUCACAUCCCCACUGAUGAUGUCACUUCUACCAGGGUGUCAAGCCUCGAUGACAUCACUGCAAGAAGAUGUAUUGACAGUUCUGAUUUCGUUUCAGUUGAUUCAAUAAACCGAUAAUCCCGUUAA